GGUGUAGUGGACAGGUGUAGUGGUCAGGUGUAGUGCACCCAUUCCUAUAUUUUAACCUCAUCGCAUACUGCUUUAUUUGAAAUGGGACCAGCAGCCUCAACAACUAUAAAGGUAAUAGUGAUAUUCAUAAUUCCCCAAUAUUGUAACUUUAUUUAAAGCAGAUCCUUAAAAGCGUAUAUUACACAAACAACCGAGGACCUCUGUGAAGUCCUCGGUUGUUUUCUUGUGAUUUCACUUCACAGAUUUUGAGAAUUUCAAAGGAAAAGUCAGCUAAGAGAAAAUUAUAUUCAAAGUUUCCCAAUAUUUUAAAUUUUUUUAAGGAUCUGCUUUAAAUAACGUUCAAAUACUGGGGAAUAUCAUUAUUUAUUGUGACCUAACUUUGUCUUUAGUUUUCUCAAAGUCUGUACAGUAAAUUCUGAUGAAAAUAGACAUGAACAUAUCAGAGGUCAUGAAUAACAAUCCAGUGGAGAUAGAAUAUCACCGUUUAGGAUCUGUUUAAUAACAGUUAUAAUGUUAAUUUAAUUUUAGCUGAAUUUAACAACAGUAGUGGUGUAACUUCAUAUGUUAUAAUAUAACUUCAUAUAAUGCCAAAUUAAUGUUGUUUUUGGUUUCAAACUGGACUAAUCCUUAAAAAGGGUCCGUCUCUUUGCAUUUGGGCUCUACAGGCCACCGUACCGAAACACCGGAAUAGAGGCGCACUACCAUCACACUGCGCAGCAUGACUGCGCAGCUGAAGUUAGAAUGUUGUUGGCUGGUUGUCAUGGAGACUAUCCGCCGUCGUCUCUUCACUGUUUGAAUGCACCGUAUUAUUUUGGCCUCGAGGCGGAACGUGACACAUUUUAUGGAUCUUUAUUCACGUCUUCAGAAAACCGGAGUAAAUGAAAUGACCGACGCGCUGGUCCUCCGGGAGGGCGGGGCUCCGCAGCGUCACCGCCAUCACGGCUCCAUUGUGCGGCUGCUGAUGCUGCGCCGCGCGGACGCGUCUUCCUCCGUAAGAACCGGCAGCAGCGCGUCAUGGACCCGAUUCACCGAGCAGCAGACGGCCCCGCGCGACGGGAGUCCAUGUUGAGCCCUGUUCUUCUGACAGGAGAAUGAGGAAGAGGAGGAGCUGGACGGUGUGUGUGAAGUCAAUGAGCGCUGGAGAAGAGCCUCUCUCUCUCUAGUACCGACUCGAUGGCCAAGAAAGGGCGAGCGAAGAGCGAGAAGCCCGAGGCGCUGCUCUCCGCCCUGCAGGUGGCCAAUGAGGAGCUCCGGUCCAAGCUCACGGACAUCCAGAUCGAGCUGCACCAGGAGAAAUGCAAAGUGAGCAAGCUCGAGCGCGACAAGCUUCAGGAGGUGAAGCGUGUGCGGGAGCAGGAGCAGCACCGCCACACCGCCAUGCUGACGGAGCAGCGCGCCAAGUGGCACGAGGAGAAGCAGAAGGAGCUGCAGGUCCUGAGGGAGAACCUGAUCCGGCAGCACGAGCAGGAGCUGGCCCGCCACGCCAAGAUCAAAGAGCAGGAGAACCAGAAGCUGAAGGCGGCGCUGGGCGCCAUGCGGGACGGCAGCGGGGAGAAGGUGCGCACCGCCCUGACGCUGGAGGCCAAGGAGGACGCGCGGCGCUUCUUCGACCAGGAGCGCGUGAAGCUGCUGCAGGAGAUCGUGGAGCUGAAGAGCACCAAGAAGCAGACGGACGAGGCGCUCAGCAACAUGAUCCAGUCCGACAAGAUGAAGGCCGGGGACCUGCGGGUGGAGCACCAGCACCACCAGGAGCAGAUCUCCAAGAUCAAGUGGGACAGCGAGAAGGACAUCCGCCGACUGGUGGACGAGAUCAAAUCUAAAGAGCGCACCAUCUCGGGCCUGGAGAAGGAGGUGGAGGCUACGGCCGGCCUCCUGCAGAAGCUGCAGCUGCAGAAGGAGGCGCUAGAGGAGCAGCUGUUCCUGGUGAAGGAGGCGGAGUGCGGCCUGGGCAGCCCGAAGAGGGAGAUCCCCGGAAGAGCCGGAGACGGGGCGGAGCACUGCGGGAGCCCCGACUUGAGGAGGAACCAGAGACGAGUCGCUGACCUCAACUCCACGAUCCGCAAACUAGAGGACCGCAACUCACUGCUGGUGGACGAGAGGAACGAGCUGCUGAAGCGGGUGCGUGAGUCAGAGAAGCAGGUCAAGCCUCUGCUGGACAAACACAAGCUGCUGAGCAAGAGGAACGACGACCUGAGCCAGAGCAUCCACAAGCUGGAGGAGAAGCUCCGGAGCCUGACCCGGGAGAACCACGAGAUGAAGGAGAAGAUGAGCUCCCACGCUCCACUGAAGAAGCUGAAGUCUCUGAACGACCUGGACCAGGCCCACGACGACCAGGAGAGCGCCUUCCUGAAGCUGCAGGUCCUGGAGCAGCAGAGCAUGAUCGACGAGCUGACCCGGGACCGAGAAAAACUUCUGAGAAAGAAAAGACAUAAAAGAAGUUCGAGGCCCAUAAAGAGGCACAUCGUGGUCGACACCUUCUUCGGCUACGACGAGGAGUCCAUGGACUCGGAGACGUCUUCGGUGGCCUCGUUCCGGGUGGACAGGACUCCGGCUACUCCGGACGAAGACCCGGAGGAGGGUCUGGCCAACGAGGAGUCUGAGCUGCGGUUCCGCCAGCUGACCCGAGAGUACCAGGCCCUGCAGCGCGCCUACGCCCUGCUGCAGGAGCAGAAAGGAGGCGUCCUGGACGCCGAGAUGGAGGUCAGGGCUCAGGAGCAGCAACACGCAGACACCGUCAGGUACAAAGCCAAGAUAGAGGACCUGGAGAAGGAGCUGACCCUGAAGGGACAGGACUCCAGGUGGGUGGAGGAGAAGCAGCUCUUCUUACGGAGGAAUCAGGAGCUCUACGACAAGCUGGAGAAGAUGGAGUCCGACUGCAGUCGUCUGCAUCAGGAGCUUCAGGACUCCAAAGACCAGAAUGAACUGCUGGAGUUCAGGAUCCUGGAGCUGGAGGAGCGCGAGAGGAAGUCUCCUCCCUUCAACCACCUGAGGAUGCAUCCGUUCUCCGAGGGCGUCAGCGCCCUGCAGAUCUACUGCAUGAAGGAGGGCGUGAAGGACGUGUGCAUACCGGAUCUCAUCAAGCUUCUGGAUAUCCUGGGAGACAACGGGAACCUGAGAAAUGAAGAGCAGGUGGCCAUCAUCCAGGCCAGCACCGUGCUGUCGCUGGCAGAGAAGUGGAUCCAACAGAUCGAGGGGACGGAGGCAUCGCUGCACCAGAAGAUGAUGGACCUGGAGAUAGAGAUGGAGAUGUUCUGUAAGCAGAAAGGAUAUCUAGAGGAGGAGCUGGACUACAGGAAGCAGGCCAUGGACCAGGCCUACAUGCAAAUCCAGGAGCUGGAGGCCACGCUGUACAACGCCCUGCAGCAGGACAAGGUGAUAAAGUACGGCGAGCCCCUAGAUGAGCUGCAGAAGGACGAGCUGAGGACGGCGGUGGAGAAGCUGAGGAGGCAGAUGCUGAGGAAGAGUCGCGAGUUCGACUGCCAGAUCCUCCAGGAGAGGAUGGAGCUGCUGCACCAGGCACACCAGAGGAUCCGUGACCUUGAAGACAAGACGGAGGUCCAGAGGAGGCAGAUCAAAGACCUGGAGGAGAAGUUUCUGUUUCUGUUCUUGUUCUUUUCUCUUGCCUUCAUCAUCUGGCCUUGAAGGGCGAGUCCUGUAGCCGAGGUGUCAGCUGGAGGUCUUGUGUGUGUGUGUGUGGCUGCAGUGUUUUUGUUUUCUGGCUGUCGUCCUGACGUCGUGAUGCUGUCGGUGUCGUUGGCUGGACG